AUGAAAGGUAUCGAAUGGUGUUCAUUAGUGAAAAGAAAAUUUUUUUUUUUUUUUCCUUUUUUUUUUUUUGUGGAUUUAUACCAACACAGUUGCAUGUCUACUGGGGAACAUAGGUUUACUAUACCCAGAUCAUCAUACAUUGCAUCCCUUUUAACAGUUUUUGGGCCCGAUGUUUUAUCAAAUUAUGGUAAGGGUGUGUUUGUUGGAGGGUAUCCUGACAUAUGGCAUAACGACAAACCUGAUUUAAUUACCGAGUUGUUAAAAGGAAAGGACACAAACAAACAGGUGUUGCAAUACAACAAAAACGAAGACUUAUUUUUUAAAAAGCGAGACGCCAUUAUCAAAGAGCUACGGAGUGAUACCACUACUAUUGAUAACAUUUCAGAAGUGUCCACGAUCCCUGUUUCUCUUCCAAAAAUAAAGUUUGAAAUGCCUCAUCCUGAAACCAAAGUCAAUAUAGACGAGGAAUGGAUUGAGGAGGAAAACAAGCGAUUUAGGAAACGGUUAAAGAAAUUUGCCAAAAAGUCAACUGGUGGUGCAAUUAGGGCAUCGCGUACUAAGAUAAAGGCAUCGAUUUUCAAAUCAUAUGAGGCUGGGGAGAUAAUUAGAAUCGAUAAGGUAUUAGUGUUGGUAAUGAAACCGGCCGACAGUGGGCGGGUUUCAGAGAGAUGGAGGGAGUAUAUUGCUGUUUUGAGAAAGACCGAACUGGUUGAGGAGCCUUUGAUGUUGCAAUUUUAUGAUAUUGACAAGUCGCCAGAAGAAUCACACCCGCGAAUUGGAUUCAGGCUCAAUGUGCAAGUUAAAGCGGAUUUUUAUAGUUAUUUGGACAAGACUAUUAGCUUAACAGUGCUAAACAAGGUGCAGUACAUCUUAAGACUCAACAACCAAACAAAUGCGUUGAGAUGGUUAUAUUUUAUAAAAGAUACAUUGGGUGUUGGGGCAGAAACUAACUUGUUUAACAUGUAUGUUCCCAAGCUAGGGUAUUUUAUCGAGGUAGAAGUACCGGAACAUGUUUUUGUCAAUCACUUUAAAAACAACCAAAACAUAGUUGUGAGAAAGCACGAUGCUGGCUUGGAAAUUGAAUGUGACGAAAUUUCCCAGUACUUGAAGCAGUUUCUUCCCAAGAGCUUGUCCAGGGGAUGGUUUUGUUUUAGAAAGUAUGAUAGAUUGGAAUGGGCUGGAAGUACAGGGGAGCACUUGUUUAUACAGAAUAUGUUAUUUCUGCUGACUCACCAACUAGAGUAUAGAGAAUAUGAGGUGCCUGAUGUUCCACCAAAACCAAUAGAAGGGUUUUUGGGAAGAUUGACUAAUGUUAGUGGUAAAGAGAAAUCGGUGUUACGAGAUUUCCAUAAAAUCCUGUAUGUUUAUACAAACAGGAACUUGUUGUUUUUCACAAAGUACUACCGUGCAGUGCCGCCACAAGGAGGUGAUUCGUUGGUGAACGAAGUUGACUUGUUUGGCGAUAUUGAGUGGUUAGAGUCUGACUUUGAUGGGGGUAACAAGAUUAUCGUGGACGAUAUUGAACGACGAACAGAUAUGAUAGUCAAAGCUGAAGGGAUGGUUGAUAUGGUAGAUAUAUGUGAGGUUAAAAUUUCAAAUUCCUCGCAAACCCAAAAUUUAGUUCACUGCGCAUUAUGGUAUUCCAAGCCAGAGUUGGUAAAUGAGGAAGAGAUUAUUGACUCGUGUUUUGAAAUAAGACUCCGGUGGGGCGCUAUAAUUAAGUUUCAAGCACCGAAUCGAGCUGUUCGUGAUAUUUGGAUUGCCAGUUUGAAUGAAAUGUGCAUGUAUUGGAGAAAGAGGCAAAUGGAAACUCUUGCCAACCACAUACAGGUUUCAGCAAAUAAUGCUCAGCGAUUACAGGCGACAAAGUACGCUGAUUCAAAUGCUUCAGAUGAAAUAAACUUCUUAGAAUCACAACGUGCCAGGGCUUGCACUACUAAUAUUCCGCAUCUCCUACCCAAUAUAUUGGUGAUCAAGAGUGGGUAUUUGUACGAAAAGAAUAAAAAGCACGCCAGUUUUAACCAUUUUUAUGUUGUGCUAUGUCCUGGAUGCUUGAUUAUUUACCAUACUUUUAAGAGGUCGAAAGGCACAGGAACUCGAAAACUGACGGCAUUUUAUGAACACUAUAUCACUAUUCCGUUGUUACAAUGUUACUUAUACACUGGCAAAUUGACAGAACUAGAUUUGUUGAAUUCAGAGACUCGAGCUACACAGGUCGACACACACUCAGUCCCACGAGUCUACCCCGAUGGCUGGAAGUCUAUGGAAGAAGAUUGUGCGCUAUGUUUUACAUUAUGGUUUGGCAAAAAGAGAAACAUAAGUCAUUUCGAAAAACAGCUACCAAAACUGUUUGAAGUGGGAGUGCAGAAUGAAAAAAAUCCCGGCAUGGUAACAAUGAUUAGAAAGUUGGGAAUCACGGGAAAGAGUAUUAUGUUUACAGCUAAUAGUCGCCAAGAAAAAGAUCAAUGGACGAUGUGUAUAUUGAAUGAGAUGGAUCGGCUUACUGGUCAGAUGUAA